UUAAAGUCAGUCUGAAGUCAGAUGAGUCGAAACAGAACAAGGACUCAAGCAGCGACAGGGCUGUGAGAAUAGUUAGAUGAAUAGGGAAAAGAGAGACGUAUUAUGAGGUUUGUACUUUGUUCUCACAAUUUCCGCUGAAAUUCCGACAGCUUUAUUUAAGAUGGAAACAGGACAGUAUGUUGCUGAACUAAACGAGUACGCCCUGAUAACACACUCUGAGCUGCAUUUUGAGGACCUUGGCUUUGUUGGACCUGACCAUGAUAAAAUAUUCACCCAGAGGGUAGUCCUAAAUGAUAAAGUCUAUCCCGAGGGUGAUGGAAAGAACAAGAAAGAAGCCAAGCAUAAUGCUGCUAAAAAUGCCCUGAAAUGCUUGUUGGAGAAUGAACCUCAGGACUCAGUUGAAACAUCUGCAGAUGAGAACAACUGUACAUCAGGUCAACCAAAAGAGGAACUAAAUGUAGAUGUUUCCGAUAUCUGUUAUAAGUUCAAAAGCCUCAAAGUGAACGCACAGCUUUACAGAGAAAAGAGGAAAAAAAGAGAGACAAAUUACAUAGGAAUUGUCAACCACUACUGUCAGAAAACAAAGCGCAGCCAUUCAUACAUUGAAGAGAGGACAUGUGGCCCAACUCACAACACUCGGUUUUUCUACAAAUUAAUAAUCGACAAAAAGGAAUACCCUGAGGGUGAGGGAAGGACUGUCAAGGAAGCCAGACAAAAUGCAGCUCGGUUAGCCUGGUCUGCUCUUCAGGAACAGACUGACUGGGACAGCAAGGUGUCCAUUCGAUCAACAGUGUCUGAAGAUGGUGCACAAUCUAUGUUGUCAAUGCCAUCAGCUACCCCGGAGUCCCAUGAAUCAUCAACACAAAGCACGUCAGUGAUCACAUUCACAGAUUCAUCAACCCCUUCCCAGGCUCAGGUUUGUUCUCUUAUAAUUGUAAAAAUUCUUGAGUUAGAGCAAGCUCUCUUUUACAAGGACGUCCUGAUUACAGAUUACUCGAAAACCACACAAUUUACUAUCAGAGCAGUCCUGGGUGGUAAGGCGUAUCCUGAUGGUGUGGGGAAGAACAAGAAGGAAGCCAAACAGAACGCAGCAAAGAAUGCUCUGAGAGUCUUGUUUGGGGAACCAGAUGACUCUCCUGGAGAGGAGAAACAGAGUGGUGCAUCAAGCCAACCAGAGGAGGAAUUGGAUCCAAAGGUGUCAGACAUCUGUGAUAAGAUAAGGAGCGUGAGUGUGAGAACCAAAGACGAAGGUCUUACAGAGACAAAUUUCAUAGGAAUCGUCAACAGCUACUGUCAGAAAACAAAAAAGUCCUCUGAUUACAUCUUAGUGAAAAAAUGUGGCCCACCUCAUAACCCUCAAUAUUUCUACAAAGUAGUGAUCAACUGCCCUGUGGGUGAGGGCAAGAGUGUCAAGGAAGCCAAACAAAAUGCAGCUCGCCUGGCUUGGUCUGCUCUUCAAGAACAGUCAGACUUGGACAGCAAGGUUGCUGUGAAAGACAAGAGUAUUGGAAGUAGUCAGAAUGAGACAUCCACCCAGUCAAGGUUUACCUCAGACUUCGAUCCCAUGGAGUGUCUUGGCAGUGGAGUCUUUGGGUGUGUUUUCAAAGCAAGACACAAGCUGCUGAACAAGUUUUAUGCUGUAAAGAUUAUCUGCUGUGAAGAGAAAGCUCUUCAAGAGGUGGAGACAUUGUCUGACCUCCACCACCGUAAUAUCAUCAGAUACUACACAUUUUGGAUGGAGGAUUCAGGAUACCAAUGGGACAUUUCAGAUGGCAGUUCAGCUUACACUGUCAGCUCUUUCAAGCCUCCAGAUAAGUCAUCGUCAAAAUACCUCUAUAUUCAGAUGGAGUUAUGUGACACCAAAACACUUCGAGUGUGGAUUGAUGAGAAGAACGCUCCGUCUCUGCAAGACUCCAAGAGAAGAGAAGAAAGUCUAAGAAUUGCUCAGCAAAUAGUCAGUGGAGUCGAAUAUAUUCACUCCAUGAAGCACAUCCACAGGGACCUUAAGCCUACGAACAUCCUGUUUGGACUGAAUGGAGAGGUGAAGAUUGGGGACUUUGGUCUGGUCACCAGAGAUUAUGGCAGUGAUGAUGAUGAUGACGAUGAUGACUCUGCUGUGAAGGAGAGAACAGGGUGCAAAGGAACCCCAUCUUACAUGGCUCCUGAACAAAGGUCAGAAAAGCCAUAUGACCGAAAAGUGGACAUAUUUGCUCUGGGGUUGAUAUACUUUGAACUCCUUUGGAAACUCUCUACUCUUCAUGCAAGAGCCGAGGUUUGGAUGAAUGUCAGAAGUCAGAAGCUUCCUGAAGAGUUCUCACUGACUUUUCCCGAAGAGGACCAGAUCAUCAAGCCAAUGCUGUGUGAGAAGCCAGAGGACCGACCUGAUGCAAGUCAGCUGAAGACAGAGCUAGAGAAGUGGGCGCUAACAUUCAACUCACAAAAUGUGCGUCAGGAAAAUGCAACAUACUGAUUGUCACAAGGAUUUGUCACAAGUCUGAGGAGUGUAUGAAAUGAUGUCUCCUCUGUGAUUUAAUGCAGUGAUUUGAUAUACUGUAUUAAGAUGAUGUGUAAAUAUGAAAGGUGAUUAAUAUUUGUGGGAAAAUAGUUAUUUACUGCACUUAGACACAAUUAAAGAGCAAUCUAAGAAGGGGACCUAAUAUUAUCAGUUUUAUAAUCAGUCAGAAUGAAACAAAAUCAUUUUUAUUGUGAUAUAAAUAAAAGUUACUUUUACAGUAAUUCACACCUGUCUUGUUUUUAAUGGUUAAAUGUAUUUAAAGAGAUGUAACAUUACA